AUGGAGAACGCGCACAGCUCGCCGGCGGCCGCGGUGCUGCAGCGCUUCGGGGUGCAGGCGAGCUGCGGGCUGAGCCCCGAGCAGGUCCGCCGGAGCCGGGACAAGUACGGACCCAAUGAACUCCCUGCUGAAGAAGGAAAGUCCCUCUGGGAGCUGGUGCUGGAGCAGUUUGAAGAUCUCCUGGUGCGCAUUCUUCUCUUGGCUGCUGUUGUGUCAUUUAUCCUGGCCUGGUUUGAAGAAGGUGAAGAGAUCACUACUGCAUUUGUAGAGCCAGUUGUCAUCAUGCUGAUUCUCCUAGCCAAUGCUGUUGUGGGGGUGUGGCAGGAGAGAAAUGCGGAGAGUGCUAUCGAAGCCUUAAAGGAAUACGAGCCAGAAAUGGGAAAAGUGAUCCGUGCCGACAGGAACGGAGUCCAGAGGAUCCGGGCUCGAGAUAUUGUUCCUGGAGAUAUUGUGGAAGUGGCAGUUGGUGACAAGGUGCCAGCCGAUAUCCGGAUCAUCGAGAUCAGAUCCACGACGUUACGGGUUGAUCAGUCGAUUCUCACAGGUGAAUCUGUGUCUGUGAUUAAACACACUGACCCGAUCCCUGACCCCAGGGCUGUCAAUCAGGACAAGAAGAACAUGCUUUUCUCUGGUACCAAUAUUGCGGCUGGUAAGGCUGUUGGCGUCGUCAUUGCUACCGGGGUAUACACAGAAAUUGGGAAGAUCAGGAAUCAGAUGGUUGCAACUGAGCCAGAGAAGACCCCAUUGCAACAAAAGCUGGAUGAGUUCAGCCAGCAACUCUCCAAGGUCAUUUCUGUGGUCUGCAUAGCUGUCUGGGUCAUCAAUAUCAGCCACUUCAGUGACCCGGUCCACGGUGGCUCUUGGUUUCGUGGGGCUAUCUACUAUUUCAAGAUUGCGGUGGCCUUGGCAGUAGCUGCCAUCCCUGAGGGUCUCCCUGCUGUCAUCACCACUUGUCUGGCGUUGGGCACGCGCCGUAUGGCCAAGAAGAAUGCUAUUGUGAGGAGCCUUCCUUCAGUGGAAACGCUGGGCUGCACCUCUGUCAUCUGCUCUGACAAGACCGGCACCCUCACCACCAACCAGAUGUCUGUCUGCAGGAUGUUUGUUAUUGAGAAGAUUGAGGGGAUCCACUGCAGCCUACAUGAGUUCAGUAUCACAGGAUCCACCUAUACCCCGGAGGGAGAGAUCCUGAAGGAUGACAAGCCUGUUCAGUGUGGACAGUAUGAUGGCCUGGUGGAACUAGCCACUAUCUGUGCUCUCUGCAAUGACUCCUCUCUGGAUUAUAACGAGUCAAAAAAAGCCUAUGAGAAGGUGGGAGAAGCAACCGAAACAGCCCUGACCUGCCUGGUAGAAAAGAUGAAUGUCUUCAACACUGAUACAGGCAACCUCUCGAAGGUGGAGAGAGCCAAUGCCUGCAACUCGGUAAUCAAGCAGCUGAUGAAGAAAGAAUGCACCCUGGAGUUCUCCCGUGACCGCAAGUCGAUGUCUGUCUACUGCACUCCUGUCGGUUCCAGCCACAACUCUGCUGGCAGCAAGAUGUUUGUCAAGGGCGCCCCUGAAAGUGUGAUCGAACGCUGCAACUACGUCCGUAUUGGCACUAACCGGGUCCCCCUCACGCUCUCCACUAAGGAGAAGAUCUUGUCCAAGAUCCGGGAAUGGGGGACUGGCAUUGACACCCUGCGCUGCCUCGCUCUGGCCACCCGGGACACCCCCUGCAAGAAAGAGGACAUGCAGCUGGAAGACGCGACCAAGUUCAUUAACUAUGAGACUAACCUAACCUUCGUGGGCUGCGUGGGGAUGCUGGACCCUCCCCGGAAGGAGGUGAUGUCGUCCAUUAAGAUGUGCAAGAAAGCCGGCAUCCGGGUCAUCAUGAUCACUGGGGACAACAAAGGCACAGCCGUGGCCAUCUGCCGGAGGAUUGGGAUCUUCUCAGAGAAGGAGGAUGUGACGGACAAGGCCUACACCGGCAGGGAGUUUGAUGAUCUCCCCCUGGAGACACAGCGGGAGGCCUGCCGUUCGGCCCGUUGCUUCGCCCGAGUCGAACCUGCUCACAAGUCCAAGAUAGUCGAAUACCUACAGUCUUUCCAUGAGAUUACAGCUAUGACGGGAGAUGGAGUGAAUGAUGCCCCUGCCCUGAAAAAGGCUGAGAUUGGCAUUGCCAUGGGCUCUGGCACAGCUGUAGCCAAAUCUGCAGCUGAGAUGGUGCUAUCUGAUGACAACUUCUCCACCAUCGUGUCUGCUGUUGAAGAGGGCAGAGCCAUCUACAACAACAUGAAGCAGUUCAUCCGCUACCUCAUCUCUUCUAAUGUUGGAGAGGUCGUCUGUAUUUUCCUGACUGCAAUCCUGGGCUUGCCUGAAGCUCUGAUCCCAGUCCAGCUGCUCUGGGUGAACCUAGUGACAGACGGGCUACCCGCCACUGCUCUUGGAUUCAACCCCCCUGACCUAGACAUCAUGGACAAACUUCCCCGCAACCCAAGAGAGCCCCUCAUCAGUGGCUGGCUUUUCUUCCGCUACCUUGCCAUUGGAGUGUACGUUGGAUUGGCAACGGUGGGGGCAGCUACCUGGUGGUUCUUGUACGAUGUUGAAGGGCCGCAAGUUACCUUCUACCAGUUGAGGAACUUCAUGAGAUGCACAGAGGACAACCCCAUCUUUGAAGGCAUUGACUGUGAAAUCUUCGAGUCUCGUUACCCAACCACUAUGGCUCUGUCGGUGCUAGUGACGAUUGAGAUGUGCAAUGCUCUCAACAGUGUGUCUGAAAACCAGUCACUGCUGAGGAUGCCACCAUGGCUCAACAUCUGGCUGCUGGGGACAAUUGUCAUGUCGAUGGCGCUGCACUUCGUGAUUCUCCACGUGAAGCCUAUGCCUCUGAUCUUCCAGGUGACCCCCCUGAGCUGGCCGCAAUGGGUGGUCGUGUUGAAAAUUUCCCUGCCUGUUAUCCUGCUCGAUGAAGGACUCAAGUACCUUUCACGCAACCACCUAGAGGGAAUUCUCAGGACAGUCAGAGACACGUGGAGUGGGGAGCACCAGCUGAAAACCUGCAGGAGUCCAGAUCAAACAGGGUUGGCUCUGUUGAGAAGAGGGCAAGAAAUGAAUGACAUAAAGGAAACUCACUUUCUAAAUAAAGAAACCCUAAGCUGUAACUCGGACUGAAGUCUUGCAUGUUUGACCAUCACUAGAAGCCAGCAGGACAUGCAUGUGUCCGACUAUCAGACUAAUGCGGGUGAAUCGUCGAAAAGAAAAAUACUGAUUUUGUUUUUGUUUCGUAGCUUUUUUUCCCUGUACAUAAUGGUGCAAUUACUGGACAGCUAAAUUAUAGUUUGGGGAUGAAACUAUAUGUAACUGAGUCAUUGUAACACAGCUCCUUGGGUGUCCGCUCCUGAAAAGUUUGAGACCCCUUAAAAAAAAUAGCCCCAAUGUGUGAGCUCAGUAAGGCAUCUUUUGUUUUGUAAAAAUGUGGUAGGUGGGAGGUCAUGCUUUCACAGUGGUGCACAGUAUCUGUGCAUGAGCAAUGAUGACAGAGGUGCAUUCCAGAGCUGCGAUGUGGCAUAACAGACAGCAUCUCAGUACCAAGGAAAAGCUUAUCUGUGUGUGUGUGUGUGUGUGUGUGUGUGUGUGUGUGUGUGUGUGGGCAGGGGAGGUAAGCAAAGAAAGGUGCAUGGGAUGCAACAGGUGUAUUCCAAUUGACUUCCAAUUUAGUAGAGUGAUAUCCACUAAAGUAUAAUACCUAGGUGGCAAUGCUAGUGCUCUGGUAGCCACAUUGCCUAGAUGUCCAGCUUUGGUGGUUUCAGUGUACCUGUAUCCUGGUAUAAUUACCAGUGUUGUAGAAAUUGUGGACAUGUAUUUACUUGCAAAGAUUUUUGUGGUGGAAGUUGAAACUUCCUCUAUUUAUCAUAUUAUUCUCUAUUCUAUUUUCCUCUUGUGAAAAUCUUGCACCUUCUCAGGCUCAUCUGACACCAAAGCAUGACCCAGUCCUCUUGUCCUUUCUCUUCUGUAUAACACCUUGUUAGCUCCCUUCCUGUGCUAAGCAUCUCCACCUAAACAGCUUAAAACAAAACAUGGCAAUGGAGAACUCUGGAUCCCAUCACAUCUAGUGCUCAUUCCUGGUCAAAUUUUCUGACUAGGUAAAUCUAGAUUACCUAGUUUUUAAAAUAUGACUACAUAGAAGGUAGAAUAAAAGACUUAAAAGGCAGUUGGCCGUUAGUUAAUGUCAGUUUUGGGAGACAAUCUGUGCUCCCAAUAUGAUGAUGAGAAAGGGAGAGGUGAUCACAUGGGAGCAAAGGUUGUCUCCCAAAAAUUGACAUUAAGACGUUAAGACUUUUAUUCUACCACCUAUAUAAUCUUAUUUUUGAAACUCAGAUAGACCAUUUGACCAGGAAUGGGCAGUAGAUGUGGUAGGAUCCAAAGUUCUUGAUGAAGGGAAAAAGAUGCCUACAGUUUUUCUUCCUUCUAAACUUCACCCGCGCGUAUGCCGGAGCACCGGAGUCAGUUAUUGCUUUGCUUUGCUAUUAUUUUGCUCCAUUCCUAUCUGGAUCAGUUUCUAUUUUAUUUUUUAAGUCUCUUAAAACCCCCAGUGCUUUUUCUCUCUCUUCCGUGCAGGCCAGCUGGCUGAACUUUGAAAAGCUGGCUACCGUAGGUACAGUACGUGCCAAACACCAUCCUUUCCUUUCUCUCCAUCACCAGCAUUGAAAAAGAUGGGUCGCGCCCCCAGACCAAUGGGAAUGUACAGACUUGUUAUACUACUGAGCUGAUUUAAUUGUACAGAAAACCUUGCAUGAAAUGUUGUUACUGUAUUUAAUAUAGAAUGUACUCAAGGAAUUUUAAUAUGGAGCUUUUAAAAAACAAACAAACAUCUUUAUAGAUACUGUGUGAUUACAGGAAAAUCGUUCACCGAAAAAUCACUAUUUGCUUUCUUUGAGAAUUUUUCUUUGUCCAACAUGUUUUGUAUGUUUCAGUUUAUAGAGCUGAUUUAAUUGAGCUGAUUACACAAGCUGACUGAUUCCUUUUUAGAGACCAUUUUCAAUGUGGGUGGAACUUACCCUUGAGCAGAGGGUCAGUAGAUGAUCCAUACACCUCUUAAACUCUCUAAAGAGGGUUUAAGUGGGACUUAAGUGGUGUGUGGGCCAUCCAUGCUUCUGUACAGAGGUGAAUUCCACCUUGUUUUAUUACAAAGAUCCCCACCACUCCAUGGCUUUCUGAACAGCCUGGGAAAUAACUGGUGGGAAUUUAAUCAAAUAUUUAAGGGCCACACCAUUCAGCCCUCAUGCAACCAGAGCAACUCCAUUGCCUUUAGGAGAACUGUUUCUGCUUAUUCCAGGGUUGAGAUUGAUCCUCAACAUCCUGCCCACCCUAUUGGGGGAGGGGUGUCCAUGGAAUGUAGUGCAACCAGAGCUGCAGAGUACCUGGUCUGUAAGUUGUCCCUGUUGGUACAUGUUCAUAUCCAUCAGAGAUCCAUAUUGGAUUAUGGGGAGUCCCGGCCAGAUCUGCAGCUCUUGUGAAUCUCUGUUGCUCUACUGGAAUUACAUGGAUUUACACCAGCUGAAGAUCUGACUUGUGACUUUUUUGGUACCCAAAUGUGUGUAUUUUCUAAAGCUUUUGAUAUUAUUUUAAAAUCUGUAACAAAGAGGGUUUAAAAUAUUUACAAAACUUGUGUCUUGGGCAAGCAUGAGACAGGCAAAGAUAUGACGUCAGUAACUUUUAAGUCCUCUAUUAAAUUCCUUUUGGUCAUUUUGCUUUGCCUCAUCUGAUGCCAAGAAGGUGGGGACAAUUAUGUUAAGGCAUUGUGAUUGCACAUUGUGAGGAAGAGGCAGGGGAAAUAUUAGGUUUUAUUGGAUUGGUUUUAAUUUACGCCCAACACAGCUAAAAUGCACUAUGGUGGUUCACUGUGCCUGAUGUUGGAUUGAAAUUGUGAAAUUACAGGAUAUGAAAUUCAGCAGAUGGAGUGCAAUAACUCUCAGCCAUGUUCCAUGCCAAAGGCUUACUCUUCCCAGUAGCAGCAGGUUUUGUCUUAAAAUUCUGUUUGCCCUUUUCACUGUAAGCUUCUGGGUCAAAUCAGUGGAACCUGCACUAAGGACACCUUCAACAGGUAUUCACUCUACUAAGGGUGACCUAUUUUAAAGUAUCCCCAUUUUCUAGUAUGAUCCCUCAUUGAAGAACCGUGUCUCAUUUUUUCUUUUGUUGCUUGUCACGUGGCUGGCUGCUUUAAGACUGGUUUCCCGAUAGACAUUUUGUGGUUGUGGAGGGUUAUAGUUCAAAUAUUUUAAUGAAAUAGAAAAAUGUCCUUAGAUCAAAAUUAUUUUUCCUUUAUGCUUUAGUGAAGGGUCAGGAUAAAUCGCAUAGAAGUUGUUGUUUAUUAUUUGUAUGUCACCAGCAAUGUGCUGAUUGCUUUAACAUGCUGUAGUGUUCUUCUGCGAACCUGAAGAUGGUUAAAGACCUAAUCCCAUUGAUUUCAAUAUGGUUUGGAUCAGGUCUGAAUUGCAUCUUACUGAAACAUUUGAUUGUGUGCAAUAGAAUGGAGAUGUGCACUGGAGUGGCUUUAUUUUUUUUUUUUUCCUGAUUGCAUGUUGCAAAAGGAGGCCUGUGACGAAAAGCUGCCUAGUCUCACUUCUGUUGGAAACCAGGAUCUAGGAAUCACAAUCAUUGCCUUCUGGUGUAUUCAGAUUCUUUAUAAUAGUUUAGUCUCUUUCCAACAAUACUUCCAGCCAGCCUGGGCCAUUACAAUAGAUCCUCCUAAACAAAAGGAGCAAAUCAUUCAUCAUGCAUCACAGCCUGAGCACCAGAAAAGUAGCCUGUGUGGUUGUCCGUGAGCACUUUAAAUUAAUUUCUCAGGGGCCAUUCAACAUGUUGGAUCACACCUGUAAAAUAAACGUGGAAGGCAAGGAAGAGGCUCUCCUCUCUUGGGAGAGCACCAAGUGUGAGCAUUGGGCAAUGGCUAUGAAGUCCACAUUAUGCUGUUUGAGGACUUGAAUAUCUUUGUGGCCGAUGACUGGAUAAAUUCUCUCCUACCAAGAACUCUCCCAUGGAACAUCCAUCAUCUGGGAAGGGUGCAUUAUGUAUGUGAAAAGACUGCUGUUGCUUGAAACAGCAGGGUGUGUUGGGGGGUAGGGGGGGAGAGAUUACUAGUACCACAUCUGAAAUUUAUUUUCUCCCUUAAUUCCUCUAUUGGCCAAAAUAUGGCCAAAGUUCUUGAUUCUGAUUCCAUACAUUGUCUGUUUGAUUGGCAUGGUGCCUUUCACAAGAAUCUGGCACUGUCAUGAUGACAUUGUCUUAUUUACGUUUCUAACACUUGGCCAAUCCAAGACCAGGGUGGUACCAUAAGGUGUCCUAAUAGUUAGAAAUUGGAGGUUUGGCUUUUAUGGGAAGAAUUGGUGGGUAACUUUAAAGGGACCCUUAAUUCAUGCAACAAAUGUGGGGCUGGAGAAAAGGGUUUGUAAAUGGAGCUUUUGGGAAGCCCCAUCCUAUCUAGGUGCACAGUACAGUAGAUGGGUGGGGUGUGAAAAGCCAGAUCAACAGAAGGAUCCUGAGGUGGCAAGUUUCAGUUCCUGUUGUACACUUCACAUUUACUAUGCUGCUUAGAACUUAAAGCCCUGGUCCUGCCGACACUCCGGUUACGGAGCUCAAUCUAACCACCAUGGUAGUCAAUGGUUGUUGUUUCACUGACUUCAAUGAGCUUUGGGUCAGACUGAUGAGUCCAUCCCAUUAAAUUUUAACAGACAAAUGUUUGCAAGAUUAAGCCCUAGAUUUGUUUUUCGUAUCGUGGAAUAGCCACAGUCUUAAAUAGAAGAAUACUGCAUGAGAUUCCUGACUGAAAAAUUAAUGGGUGGAAGAGCUGCAGAAAAUCACAGGAUCGUCCCAUCCCACUAUUAAUACUUCACAUUCUGAACCACUGUAGACACAGACUAGGUAAGACCCACCAAACAAAUAUCCAAUGGGGAAACCUUUUAAGAAGUAUUCUCCAAGUGAGUUGCCUUGGGCUCUGGCCAUGGUCCUGAUUAAAGAAAAGAAGCUGAGCAUUGAUUGAAAUGCCUUACAAUGCAUACAAAGGGUCUGCACUGGGAUUUAAUAUCUUUAUGGACCAUUUGGCAAUUUAUCCAUCAUCCUUAGGAGUCUCCUCCCUUUUUUCUCCCACCCCCACUUCAUUUUCUUGGUUGAGCAUGUUCCUGGCAUGGAUGAAAAACACUUUAGACCUGCAUAAUGCUUCUCUAAAGAGUUGCAUACAUGCAACCUGUGUUUUCUCUAUGCUGUGAUAUGUAUUUUUAUAACAAUCUAGAUGUUUUCAAAGGUUUUAUCUUCACUUAUCCCCUCCUACCAUCAAUCUACCUGUCUCAGCAAUCCCCUACCCACUGAUUCCCAAGGUAUUUUUAAUACUCAGAUUUUCACUGCCACUUUCUCCCACCAGCUUUUGAUUAUCCUACCAACCCUCCAGUGCUACCUUGAAUUGCAUGUCAGCCUGUUCAUUCAGCUUAGCAAGAGAAGAGCAGUGGAGGUGGUUUUAUGCUGCCAAAAUAAAGACCUCUAGACCCCAUGAGGCUGGUAACAAUGGUUUCUGCUGGGCAUAGAUUGGGAUGAUCCUGGGUUUAGGGUAUGCAGGAACAAAAUUAGUAAAAAGACAGAUAUGGGGGAGAUACAAGUGUCCCUUGCAUCCUCUCCUUUUGGUGCCAUUCAGCUUUUGGUAAUGCAAGAAUGGAAAACUAAAUGAGUCUAGAAUAGAUCUCUGUGCUCUGUAUAUACAAGAGCCUAGACAGGUAGGUGUACCCUACCUUAGGGAUAUCUGUAUAGCAGACUCAUGCCCAUGCUAUGUGGAGUCUGUGCUGUGUUUUGUCAGUGUACUCAAGACCAUGAAGAGAGAAAACACUGACUUGUUUACAGGUGUCAUUAGUGUCAUGGCUUGAAUCUCUGAACGUAGCAAUUUGCUACGAUGCCUGAGCAGCCGAAUCUAGAAACCUUGUUGAGUUUGCACUUCCUAGUGAAAGAUAAAUUGUUACAUCUUUUUAAAAGAGUUGUGUGGGGGUAGAAUUGAAACAAACAAGGUUUCCUAUUUUAUUAUGAGAGAUAUUUUUCCACUAAAUUACUGAUUCCUAAAUGGUGUACUUUGUCUGAUGUAAAUAGCCAGGUGUAUCGUGAAGACUUAAGAAGGGUCAUUGUAGUCACAUAUGUAUGAUCCACUCUGUUCGCACAAUAUUGAGCUGAUUUGUUUUAUACUUACAAAAUUA